AUGUCUCUCCCCAAUGGACACUCUGCCUCUGGCUCGAGCCUACCCCUCCAUCAGCAGCAGCAGCAACACCAGCAGCCGCAACACCAUUCAUCGGCACAACAGCAACAACAGCAACAACAACAACAACAACCGCAGCAGCAGCAGCAGCAACCAUCCAUAACCACGCACAUGCAACCGACGAUCGAGCAGCAGCUUCAAUAUCAGAUCCAGCAGCAGCAGCUCCAGCUUCAGCAGCAACUCCAACAGCGGCAACACCUGCAUCUGAAGCAGCAGCAGCAGCAGCAGACGCACCUAGAUCCACUGCAGCAGCCCUCGGUCGAGUCCCAGCUUCGCCAGCUGCAAGCGCUUCAGCAGCAGCAGCAGCGGCAACAGCAAAGCCAGCAGCAACAGCAACUCCACUUGCAAAAUCUCCUACAACAGCAGUUCAGCUCCAUCCAACAGUACAUCGAGCAGUCGACCAGCAUCUACGGGACUCAGCCGCGUCCGCACUUGUCCAACAAUGAGUACCUUAGCACAUGCCAUCAGGACAGCCUGAUGGCCCUGUUGCUGGGCAAUUCCGGCGCCUAUGAUUUAACAGGCGCAGCGCGGCAACCGUCAUCCCUCCUGUCCACUCCCCUGGCUCCCAUCCAUCCGAACUACCACUCUCACUUGGUGCCUUCCACGCUCCCUUCGGCCCCGGUGCCUGCCAUGGCGGGAGCUGUCCCCAAUGGCCAGCGGUUUGCCCAGGGCAACGGCAUCAUGGGUGUCGCCCCCUACUCUGCCGCUCAGACGCCCUCUGCUGCGCGCUCCCCAAGCGAGGUCGGCUCUUUUGCCGGGGGCCGGGGCAUGCCGAGUACCGUCCCCUUGGCGCCAUCGGCCAGCAGAGGUCCCGGCUUCCAGUCGAGCUCCCCCCAGAAUGACACUCCCUCGGCGUUGGAUUUUCCCGGGCGAACGCCUCACGCUGAUCCUGUUGGUGCUGCGCCUGUGGAGGCGCGCCCGGCAGCCUCUGCGGCCCCUCCGGCCCCCCCGAAGAGGACCACUCUUUCCCUGCAGGUUGGCCCGUCGUACAUCGCCAAGGGGCAGACAUCACUCCCGGCCUUGAAGCAGCGGCUGCAGCUGGAGCAGCGGCAACGUGAGCAACAGCAAGAACAACAACAUGAGCAGCACCAGCAGCGCCUAUUGCAGCAGCAACAGGACCAGCUCAAGUGGGAGCAACGCGAGCAACAGCGCGAGCAGGUGCGCCGGCAUCGGCAGGCAAUGCGUCAUGCUCGCGAAAUUGCAGCCGCCGGGGAGCACCUCCCAGCCCCCCUCCACCAGCAGCAACAGCGACAGCGCUCCCCCUCGGGUGACCUCCCCCCGGCCAUGGAUGGCAUGCCCAACCGCCCCACUCAGGAUCGAUCGCUUGGGCGAGCGGCCGCCAGCCCUGCUCCACCGAGCAUCCCGCAAUCCCCAUGUGCCAAACGCUCCCGAGGGUGCACCCCUCUGCUGGAGACCGAUGAUGGGGACCUCACCUCCGCCAGCCGGUCCAGCGGCUCCGAUAGUUCCUCCCACUCCGGUGUCACCCAUCGGCGCCGGGACCGUCGGUCGCGCUCCAAACGCGCCAACAAGAACCACAACAAUCCGCUUUUCAUGUUUUCCGACUCGGAAAUCUGGCAUCUCCUUGGCUUCUCGUACGAUCCCAUUCACGCGGUGGUCCGGGCCACGCACCCGGAGAACCCCUUCUUCCACCUGUCGAGCCAGCUGCUGGACCCGGCGCACAUCUUGGCCAGCCCGCCGAGGACAUUGCCCACCACGCCGAUCGGCCCGCGCCAGGCAGACCUCCUGUCCCGGGCUCGCCAAUGUCUGCGAGACGAUGCGAUGAGCAACUCCAUGAAAACCCUGGCCGGGGGCAAGAUCACGUCCAAUGUCUCGCAGUUGUGGGACCAGGAAGAACACAUUGCCCAGGUCCUUCGCCGGGUAGUGGUUGAUGCUGCCCGGCGUCUGUCCAGCCCGGCGGACCUGCGCAUUGCAUUGGAGCACGUGGCCCAGGGGUAUCCGGUUCUCGAUGACCCGCACAUGGACGCACAGCACCUGAAGCGGCAUCAGGAAAAGCAGCAGCAAUUGGCCAGCCUCUUGGAACAGUACUCACCGCUGGCCAGCUGCCGGCCGUCCAGCUUCCCGGCGGAUGCCUGUUGGAUUCUGCCCAUCCAUCGGGCCCUCUAUUGUAAGCUGUGUCGAUCGAUCGUGUGUUCCCCCUUGGACCUGAUCCAGCCGGAGGUGGAGCUGGCCCCCGGGGUGGGGGACACCGACCGGGCCCAGGUCAAUGACGCGUGCAUCUUCGGCAUGAUGGACCACCUGCUGACCUUGCAUCCGGAGCACCCGGUCGUCCGGCGAUUGGGCCCCCUGCGACUGGCGACCACCGGCCUGGACCGCCUGGAUGCGAUGGUCCCGGAGGAUCGAGCCCUCUUGGAAUCCACCCUGAAAGAGUGGACCAUCCCGGUGUUUUGCCAGUACUUCAGUAAUGUCAGCAUUUUCCUGCAGAUUGAUCCGAUCAUUGCGCGCUUGGCAUUGCGCUUCUUCCAGACCCAUGCCGAUGACCCGAGCACCUAUUGGACGGCCUACCUGAGCGACAGCCGGGCAUGGUACUCCACGCACAAGGAGCGGAACAUUCCCGUGACCACCACCGCCCCGCUGGAUGGGACGGCGCCUCCGGUGGGGGCUCCCGGCGCUGCUUCUGAGGCGGUCGGAUCAGGGCGCGAUAUGUCGUUCAAGUCGAAGACCUCCCCGGCCGAGAGGCAGGAUGAGCAAAUGCCCCAGUCGGACAGGCCCAUGGAUGUGGGGGCAAAGGGAUUGCUGCCUGUGCCGCCGCCCGAAGCCGGCGGCCGCGGGGGCGUGUCUGCGUCACUUGAAAUGGCUGAUGCUGAAUCUGCCCAAGGUCCCGGUUUGUCGCCGGCCACCGGUGCUUCCGAGGGUCCGGUGGCCGGUCCCCGUUCGAAGCCCGAUGUGGAUGCCGGUCCGGGUGAUGGCGGUCCGGCUGCCACGUAUCCCGCCAUCCGGGAGAGCAUGUCGCCGACCAAGGCCUUGCUGGGAGGGAUGAAAGGCGCGACCAUGGUGCCUCCCUCGGCAUCGAGCUCGCCACUGGGCGUGGCAUCCCAAGGAUUCGCGACCCGGGGAUCCGCCAUCACCGAUGCCCUUGCUCAGCAGGCGCGGCUGUCUUCCUUGCACCGGGACGUCCCGACGGCCGGAAUGUCCGGGAGUGGCGACGAGCCGGCACCGGCCGGCCAAGCCAUGGCGCUCGAUUCCGAAAGGACACCAAAUGGCCCGGCCGGCGUCAAGCAGGAUCCCCCGGCCCCCGGGCGGCCGAAGGAGGCUCCCACCGGGGCGAGUGCUCGGGGUGUCCGGGCUCCGCGUGAGUCCCGGCAUAUUCCAGUGUCGGAUGGGACCCAGCGUGUCGUCGCCCCGGGUGCUGACCCGGGUGCCCUGCUGUCGGGUGCUGGCCCCUGCCCUCCAAAGGUGGAUGCCGUUCAACAUGCUCCGGCAACGGGCUGUGGGCAAGACGCCCCGGCGCCGGCCAAUGCCCAUCUCGGCCCAACUUCAGAUACCACGCAGUCGACCUUGCCACCGUUGACAUCGACCACAUCAUCUCUCAAGACAGAUGCCCAGCUUGCGGCAGAGCAGCCUGUUGGGCAACUGCCUUCAACUGAUGCAAAGACAAACGGUAAUGCCAGGGAACCCCACUCAGACGACAUGGACACCUAUUCAGAUGCCCUGGAGAUGCCGGCCGGUGCGGUUGCCGCCGCAGCUGCCACUGCCAAAACUACCUCCUCCUCACCAACUCUCUCGCCGCCAUCCUCGCCGCCAUCCUCGCCACGGCCGUCCUUCUCCCCCUCCUCGGAUCGGACACCGGCUCUCAGGGCGGCGAGGCGCCAACGCCAGAUCCCACAGGCGCGCGUGCAAGACCCCCCGCCGCCAGUGUGCAAUAAGGCUGCCUCCUCGGUCUCUGAGGGGCUGCCGGGCGGCACGUCCCCCGCGGCAUCGGAUCCCAGCCAGCCAACCGGCCCGCUAGCAAGUGUCCAGUACUGCCCGCUGACUGGGGCAGCUUUGUACUCGUCGGUGUCGGCCCGGCACCCGGCUCCGAUCAGCCCCGCCAAUGCUCCUGGGACCUCUCAUCAUCGCGACUGCCCGGCCUCGUCCAUCACCCUCGAUGGUCAGCCCGUGGUCCUGACCAAGAUGUCCCUCUCGUACAGUGCCUUUUUUCGGCGGGCACAGGCCCGCCGGCCACCGGACCACUAGCCGGUCAGCGAGGACCAGGGCGACAGGCUGAGGCCCAUUCUCGAUCGACACAAGGGGAGCCAACAAGGGUUUCCCCCUCUCUCCCUCUCCCCCUCCCUCCCUCCCUCUCUCCCU